AUGUCGAAUUCGACAUUUUUGGUAUACUUAAUCUCAAUACUAAUUAUUGGACUAUACUUUUUAACAAGACAUAGUACUUAUGAAAGUGAAGAUGAUGACUCACUAUCGUCUUCCUCCGUGAUAGCGAGUUCAAAAAAACUUCAUGGGAAUUUUCUACAUAUAACUGAUUUACAUUCAGACCCACAUUACAAAAUAAACGCAACAUUUAAAUCUCGAUGUCAUAAAAUGUCGAAAAAAAUCGGCAAGAAUGAUAAUAAUAUCGAUAAUUAUGGCAAAAUUAAUAUCGGAGAUGGCAUUUAUUCGAAGAAGCCUAAACACAUGAAGCAUGGGAUUUCAGGCGUUUGGGGUGGUCCCGCGUCUAUUUGUGAUACGCCAAUGAACUUGAUAAAUGCUACGUUUGAUUGGUUGAAGCAAGAGUGGGCGGGUAAAAUUGAUUUUGUUCUUUGGACUGGUGAUAAUUCUAGACAUGAUAACGAUGACCGAAUUCCACGUAAAAACCCGGAAAUCCUUAAAAUAAAUCGCAUAAUUGCUUCAAAAUUCCAAGAAACAUUCUCGAGACCCGGUAAAUAUUCAUCAAUGAUUCCAAUAAUACCCGUAAUCGGGAACAACGACAUCUACCCAAGUAACAUAAUAGCACCAGGUCCAAACAACAGUCUUCAAAAACUAAGUGAAAUUUGGUCCGCAUUCAUUCCAAAAUCGGAAAUGUCGACAUUUCGUAAGGGAGGAUACUAUGCGACAGAAGUGAUCAAGGGUAAAUUAAUCGUUGUCUCAUUGAACACGUUAUAUUUCUUUCGACUGAACACGGCGGUACAAGGUUGCGCGGAUCGGUCACAGCCAGGCACCCAACAAAUCAAAUGGUUGGAUAAAGUACUACUAAAGGCCAAAAAACAACAGAAAAAAGUUUAUUUGAUCGGUCAUGUGGCACCAACAAAGGGACAUUAUACGAGAACAUGUUGGAACAAGUACGGAAAAUUGGCACAGAAAUAUAAUGAUGUUAUUUUGGGUCAUUUCUUUGGACACUCCAAUAUGGACCACUUUUAUUUUAUUCGUUCUACCAAAAAAGGAAUUGUUAAAUUAUUAAAUGAAAAAUUCGAGGAUGAUGAUGAUAAUGAGUCGGAUGAUGGUAAUGAAAAUGAUUCAGAUGACGAAUAUGAAACAUAUGAGGACGAAGAAGAAAUAAUGUCUCCUAGAUUGUUGAAGCAUUAUAGACAAGUCCCAUCGUUAAAUAACAUGGCUAUAAAUCAAUAUAGUGUAAUUCACGUGAAUCCUUCCGUAGUUCCAACGUUUUACCCAGCUUUACGAGUAUUUCAGUACAAAAUUGAUGAAGAUGAAAAUAUUGAACGUAGAAAAGGCAAAAAGAAAAAACAAAAUAAUAACUAUCUUGCUCCUCUCAACUAUAUUCAAUACUUUAUAAAUCUCACUCAUGUUAAUCACGAUCUAUAUUCAGCCAAUCAACCCAACUUUCAAGUAGAAUACACGACCAGAGAUGAUUAUAACAUGACAGAUCUAUCAACUCAUAGUUGGCUGAAAUUGGCGAGAAGGAUCGUAAGAGAUGCAAGGGAAGAUGGUCCGUUGUUUAAAAAAUUCAGGGAUUAUCUGGUUGUUUCGACUCGUGAGAUGGUUGAAGAUCGUAUCAAGAAAGGAUGGAUUAAUAACGAUAAAGAAUCUAAACAUCAAUGUGUUGGUCAAAGUUGUACAGAAGAUUAG